GGCGGCCGGGCAGCGGAGGAAGGGCCGCGCGGGGCCGCGGCGGGCGGGGCGGGGUGAAGCGGCGGCUGCUGCCAUUCCUCUGCUGCGCGGCCGCCUCCUCCCACCCGCCUCUUCCUGGCCGCAGCGAGAGCUGUGCUGGCAGCGGGGAGGCGGCGGCGCCCAGCUCCCGGCCCGCCAUGGCGAUCCGCAAGAAGAGCAACAAGAACCCGCCGGUGCUGAGCCACGAGUUCAUCGUGCAGAACCACGCCGACAUCGUCUCCUGCAUGGCUAUGAUCUUCCUGCUGGGGCUCAUGUUCGAGAUUACAGCAAAAGCAGCUGUCAUUUUCGUCACUCUUCAGUAUAACGUUACCAUUCCUGCCACAGAAGAACAAUCUGCAGAAACAAUCUCUCUCUAUCACUAUGGCAUCAAAGACUUGGCUACAAUUUUCUUUUAUAUGCUCGUAGCAAUAAUCAUACACGCUAUUAUUCAGGAGUAUGUAUUGGAUAAAAUUAACAGGAAAAUGCACUUUUCCAAAACAAAGCAUAGCAAGUUCAAUGAGUCUGGACAACUUAGUGCAUUCUACCUUUUCUCCUGUGUUUGGGGCACGAGUAUUCUUGUCUCUGAGAACUAUAUAUCAGAUCCAACCUCUCUGUGGAGGGACUACCCACACACUCUGAUUCCGUUUCAAAUGAAGUUUUUCUACAUCUUACAGUUGGCAUACUGGUUUCAUGCUUUCCCAGAAUUGUACUUCCAGAAAACUAAAAAAGAGGAUAUCUUUCGCCAAAUUGUCUACAUUGGACUUUAUCUCUUUCAUAUUGCUGGAGCCUAUCUUUUGAAUCUGACCCACCUUGGACUUGUUCUCCUGGUAUUACAUUACUUCGUUGAAUUUCUUUUCCACAUAUCUCGUCUUUUCUACUUUAGUGAUGAAAGAUACCAGAAAGGAUUUUCACUGUGGGCAGUCCUUUUUGUUUUGGGAAGGCUUCUCACCUUGAUUCUUUCUGUCCUCACUUUUGGCUUUGGUCUGGCAAGAGCAGAAAAUCAGCAGCUGAAUUUCAGCACUGGAAACUUCAAUAUCCUGGCUGUUAGAAUCAGCGUGCUGGCCUCCAUCUGCUUGGCUCAAGCAUUUAUGAUGUGGAAAUUCAUUAAUUUCCAACUUCGGAGAUGGAGAGAGCAUUCUUCUUCUCAGCCUCAAUCGGUGAAAAAGAAGUUUGUCACAGCUAAAGGAAAGACUUCCAGAAAAGAAAGAGAAAAUGGAAUAAAUGGGACAGUGACCUCAAAUGGAGCAGACUCGCCUCGUAGCAGGAAGGAUAAAUCCUCGUAAAACUGGGUUUUAUUAAGUUAAUUGACAAGUGUCCCCAAAGAAUCUGCUUUUUACAUGGAUGGCCCUUCAGCACUAGAGAUGUAAUGGAUUAAAGAAAAUACAAAUCAUGUUUUUUGAUUAUUGCUAUUGUUUUGUGAAACUUUUUUUAAAAGCCAUUUUGACUAAAAGAAAAGGUUUAUCUGUCUUCAAACAAACGCUUGGGGGGUGGGGGGACAAAACACUUUUUAAAUAACAUUGACACUUUUUUAAACACUUACUGUGAUGAAAUAACUUCACUUAAUGAGGAUCACUGAUGCAAUGUAUUAUUCCUUUCCAGUUUUUGUAAUCUUGGUGAUAUAUACUGUUUUCCAACUUCACUUUUUCCUAGUUCUUCAAAACUUCAAAUAUAUUACGAAAUUGAAGUAAAAAUGUAGUAUGCAUUUUCGGAUACUCUGACUUUUAAGUUAGUUGAUUCAAAUUCACAGAUCAAAUUGGAAUUCUAGGACCACAAAAGUAAACUUACUUUAUUUUGUAGUUGCUAGCUACACGAUGUCUGCUCUAAGAAUUGCCCCACAUCAUUAAAACAAAACUGAACUGAUUGGAAAUGUUGCAGAGUCUUAUUGCUCGUUGGUUAGAAAUGUCUUACAAGGAACAGAGAAACCUUUCUGAGAUAAAGCUUUAGCACUUGAAAAUUAGAAGGGAAAAGUGUAUGUCAUGGAGUUGAUUUGAGUAGCACUGUUAACUCCUGUCUGUGCUUUUAAAGUGUACAUAUCUUGGACAGUUACUGUGCGUUGGACCUUCUUCCAAAACCUGUCUUUCUGAUUUUAGAGGGGGAGAUUCUUACACUGUGUUGUUUGUUUUAGGUGGGGAGGCAUCUAAUGCUCCAUGAAGAGGGAAUUUGUUAGAUAAAUGGAUCAAGUUUUGACAAACAUUCCUCUAUUCUAAAUGCUUUGCCUUGUUUCGCCUCUGUUAGGAAAUAGUUUGAUUUCUCCUAUAUAUAUAUUUUUAUGAGAGAAUAUUUAAAAGCUACAACUUCUUAAAACUGGUAUAUUGUGUGUGCCCUUCGCUACGGCUGGAGGAAUCUGGAUUUAAGAUUUUUUCCAUUAUCUGUCUUUCAGAAUUGUAUUAAAUGUGAAGCCUUGUCCAGUUAAUUUUUCAAUUUAAUAUGCAGUUAAUGUUUUUCUUGUGUAUCCUUUUGUAAUGGGAACCAUUUGACUUGGGAAUGAGUUAAAGAUUUUUAUUCAGUCUUGACGAGUUACUAAAUCAGGCUUUCAGGUUAACCCCAGUGUUAGAAUGCUUAUGGAUUUAGUAGGAGUGAUUAUAAGCAAUCAAACUGAGAAAUAAACAGAUUAACUAAAAAUUGUUACUUUAAUUGAGUUUAUGCCCAACAACAACAAAAAAUCUGCAUUCUGUAUCUUACACAGUUCGGUUGCUUACUAUACAGAAUAAAAUUUCUAGUGCAAAAUAUUGACUACAUGUAACUAUCUGUUCUUCAGUCAUACAGUGCUAUUUAGUGUUACUACCAUUUAAUUUGUUGUGUGUUCCAGGCAGUUCAAGUCACAGUUUUGAGUACUUGCUUCACAGCUCCUGAAGUGUACUUGACAGACUUGGACUUAGUUAACUUGAGAACCCUGGAGCUGCCCGCCCUUUAAUGCUCCCAAUCUACUUCAGUAGGUGUAGUUAUUUUUAUGUACUGAUGGGAAAAAAAGAAAACUCAAGUGAUGGAACUGUGAGUCUAUCCAAUCUGACCAUGAAACUGGAAAUUUGGAAUACAGAAAUGCUGAGGGAAUUGAUAAAUGAAAUACUGCACAAAAUCCCAUUUCACAUCUGAUAUUUCUAACAGACGUGCAUAGAUUCUGCGUGCCUUGCUCUCAAGUUGUACCUUAAGCCAAAAGGGGCAAAUGUUUAAAGUUUCUUGUCUGGUACUUUGACUUGUAAAUCAAGUUUGCGUGUGAUAUAUCCGGUUGUCUUGGUAUUGUCAGAAUCAUAAGAGAUGGAGAAAGAAAUUAUAGAGGGUGCUUUUAAGGUACUUCUUCAGCUCUUUGAUACAUUGGAGUCUGAGGAUUGUGAUUGCUGUGUCCCUAAAGGAACUGUUUUUGUAAAGCUCAUUGUUUGUCACGGGAGUCUUGAAAUGUCAACUGUAGAUUCCCUUCUAAAAACUUCAGAAGAGUGUGUUGUUGCCUGUUAAUAUUGACAUUGCUUUUGUCUCCUGUUGGCCUUAUGGAUGUUCUCGGCCUUUGGACUUCACAAAAAGAAUUUUUACUUCCACGAUGGCUUGAUCUUCAUCUUUGCCUUAUAGGACUUGUUGCUUUCUGAUGAGUAAUAUAGAAUGAUUUCUCUUGUUCUUGAGUUUGAACAGAGCAUUGAAUGCCAGUUUCUUUCAUCUUCUUACGUCAUAGCUAAAAAUGCCCAUUCAUAGUUUUGGAGGAGGCAUUCCUGACUUCCUGCAGAAGCAAUAAUUUUUUAAUUUCUACCUUGUGCUGAAAACCCCUGUGAAUUUAGAACAUUUUGAGAUUUCUGUUUCCGAUUUGUUACUUGCUUUGGCAUAAGGUUGUUCUUUCCUGUUUGGAUAACUUCUUUUGAGUUGCUUACAGUCUGAUUUUACUGGAUGUUGCAUUGAGGGACAUGGUUUAGUAGGAGCUAUUGGGAAUAGGUGAACGGUUGGACUGGGUGAUCUUUUAGGUCUUUUCCAACCUUAGUGAUUCUAUGAUUCUAUGAUUCUAUGAUUCUAUUUUCAAACCUUACCGCAUUUCAUCUCUCUUUGUAAUCUGGGAUUCAUUAGGAUAGGAGAUUAGUUGUCUAAUAAUGUUUUCAAAGUUACGGUAUCAGGAAAAUCAGAAAUGGAAAUGACUGAAGAGUUUGUUAUUGCGCUCCUAUGCCUCAUUGUAAUGCUUUUUGCUUAGGCUGUGGCAGUUUAUCCUGAUCAAUUACUAGAUCCCACAAAGAGAAGGCUUUGUCCAUGUAAAUGGAUGUGAAGAGAAUGAUCCAUACAGACUGUGGUUAAGGGAUUUCAUUUUAUUGUCAUACCUCUCUCCCCCAACCUUGGAAGAACUCUUUCCUAACUGAUGAUCCUGAGCCUCUUUUUUAUUUUUAUUUUUUUCUUUUUGGCCCUAAAUGUGUGUUUGCUUUAUGUGCAGAAUUAGUUACCAAAGCUGGGACUUUACUGUUACUAAAUAACAUUAUGCAACUUAGAAGUGUAAACAGAGACUGCAGAGCUGCUGACAUUCAUUUUCAGCAUUUGCGGUUUUCUGCUCUUGUUAGGACACUUAUUUCUCACGACUAGUUAAAAAGAGUGAUUUCUCAUGUGUAAAUUAUUUGUGAGGGUGACACUUCACAAACUGCUUUCUGUGUGAUCCCGAGCCCAAAGUUAGGAGUGAUCGAGGGAAGGGAGUCGUGCGGAGAGAAUGCGUAGGUUAUGGUGUUACAAUACACUGAAAGUAUGUUGGGAUAAUGUAUUUAGAGUAUCAGUCAUGAUGAAGCAUCUGAUACUCUUUCCAAAGUGCUUUUUUCUUUGAAAAUAUUAGUUGUGCUAAUGAAAUUACAUCAUCUUGAAUUCUAGUAAGUAGUUUGGUACUUUGAUAAAAGUAAUUGUCCUCCUGUUAUCAGACUGCUUUAAAAAGAGUUAAUGUACAUUUUCAGCCCUUUUAGCAAAUACCUUAGCAAAAGUAACUGCACCCGAAGCAGUUUUGCUGGGAGUCAAAUUUGGUGUUGGAGGGAAGGAGCAUUUUCAUGGCUGUGCUAAACUUAAAAUACUGUAGGUUGCUGCCAAAAAGUGCCCCUUUUUCUAGCACAAAGAUUUUUUUGUUGCAUGGUCAGCUCGAUCAAGGAGCUGGCGCAGCUGUAAACUGCCAUGUUUGCUGAGUUAUUCUUUACUGAAUUAGUUGCCUGAGAGUAAUCCUGGAGGUACACAAGUCUUUAUAGAUAAGCUGGAAAAACGUGCAUGAAGGUGUAAGGCAAUUGUCCCUUUCAACUGCACUUUUUUUGGUUGAAAAUGACAGAUUACACUAUGUGUAAGUUGGAAGACUUUAUUGAAGGGCUUCCAGUCUUCAAUACAAGAAGGAAACUGCUAUCUGAAAGCUCUGACAUGCCAAACUGAUUAAGUAUUUAUGGCUUUCUGCCAGGUAUUUUGGUGAAGGGGAAAUAAUCAGUAUUCUGUAGUGAAAUUCAUUUUCUCUGUCUCGGUUUAUGGGUUUCCAAGCAGUGGAACUGGAAGUGUAGAAAUAGGAAUUCUGAAAAUGUAAUUUCUUCUGGAUCAAGGACCAAGAUUACUUUCUUUAGCAGCUGGGAAACUACAGCUUCUUUUCACCGUGAACCCUUCAUAUGUUAAAGCAGGUCUUCCAAAGAGCUUUGCAAGAACUGCGUUGUCUUUCUGUUGAGCAAUCUGGGAGGGAGGGUUGUUCUGUUUCUCUUAAGUUUGUUAUUCUGUUUUCAGGAUGCUGGCUAGCCCAUUUCUAGGUCAUUCUUACGUUUUGUUCCAUUUGUGACUCAGCCCAUGACCUGUGCUCAGAAGGUAGAAACCAGCAGCUUCCAUGGCUGCUCUCUUUGUGUUGGUCAUUGCUGGCCUAAUGGUUCUUUGUGGAAAAAGUCGGUAUUGAAGGAGUUAGAACACCAGGUAGACAGUCAUACUGCUUGUUUGAGGUACAGGCACGGUGCGAGUCAGCAAACAGAGCAUACUACGUUCUAGUGGCUGGUAGUUUGAUGCCUGUAGGUUCUGUAACAGUUAUCCUAUUAUUCAAGUGCUGAAGUUAUUUCUUGCACUGGGUGUGACGGUGUCCUACAGAGCUAAGACUGGGGGGGAAAUUCUGAAAAGAUCCUUUGAAAAGAAUAGGACUCUUAAAAGAACUGAUGUCCGUUAUCAUCUGUCCAUUGUGUUUGAAUUUCUCCUGUUGUUGUUUGGGCUUUUGUUGUGGUUGUUCUUGGCUUUGUAGCUUUUUUAGUUUUCUUGUUCUGCUAUAGGUGGUGAUGGGUCUCUGUGGUGGGUAUACCCUCUUCUCAUUGCUAUCCCCCUUAUCACUGCUCCCCACACUACUCAAUUUAGGAUCUAAUAAGCCUGGUUCUGUGCACAUUAAGGAAUUUGGCAUACUUUUUAGAACUAAAAUAGAAGCAGUGCCUGAGUGUUUCUGGAGCAGACACGUAAGAAGAAAGAAGCACAUUAAAGCAAUAUACAGGGUGUCAUCAGAACCCGUUUAAUGGGAACUGAAACUCUUUAUAGCAUGAAUACAUUUUGAUACAACUUGUAUUUCAAGUGAGGUGUUUGAAUUUAGCUCACAUUCAGAUAGCAAGUGCCUUUCUGUCCACAAAACAGAACUACUAUUAGCAUCUACAACUGUCGGUUCCCCUUCUGUGAGUGAUGGGUGAGGAGUCCUGGGCUGCAGCUGCAGGUGGGUUUUUUCUGCCUCUUAGGGAAGUUCUUUUGAUGUCAACAAGAAAAAAGUUAACAACUUCUAUUUCAGGUUGAAAGAAAAAAAAGAAAAAGUGCUACCUAGUUUUGGAUCUAAGAUGAUUGCUCUUGAUCUCGCGCAGUGUGUCCUGUCACUUUUAUUUUGGGUACCUGCAAAGACUUUUAUUUGUAUCCAGCUCGAGAAUGGAAAAUCUGUGAUGUGAGUGCCAGAAAUGACAACUCCUUUUUCUUUUUAUGUUAGGAUCUUUUUGCAGAAUCAGAGCAUCUGAGGUGUAGCUUUACAAUUUGAUAGCUUUUCAGUGUUCGUUUUUUCUUCUUAUUUAUUGUGGUUAACACUUAAGGUCAGGCGCUGUCAUGCAGCACAAUGCAGUUGUCAUUUCUUUAUUCCAAACAGAAGAACAUUAUGCAAUACAAUACACUGAAAUGGAAAAAAGAAAAAGAAAAAAAAAAAAGAAGUGCUAAGUCCUGACUGCUUUAGGAAAAAAUGGUAUUCCUGGAUGUUUCUCAGUCCAGAUCUUUCUGUAUUACCGUUCACUGGUACUGCUUUUCUCAUUUAGGAAACUGGGCACAAAGGAUUUCAGUAUCUGUAGAGAGUAGUUUUGCUGUCACACAACAAAGAUAUUGGCGAAUCAUGGUCAAGGACUUUGAUCUUUGUCUGUGUCUCCUUAUAUUGAUUAAGAAUGUUGAAGAAUGUAUCUUGCAUUGUAAUUAAUGGAUUAAAAAUUCAGCCCGUGGUGAUGGGAAUAUUGUAAUAGGAUAGGAAUUUCAACUCUUGAACUUCAGGCUGGAAGCCAAACCAAAACUACCUUGUGUUCUCAUGCAGGUGAUUCCUCCUCUUUGUUUCUUAGAUUCAUCAUUACCUUUGUUUUGUUUAUUUAGACUGUAAGUUCUUUGUGGCAAGAGUUGUCUUGUGUGUGUGUGCGUGUGUACCCAGGACAAUACGGCCUCGAGCCCCAAUCUGUGGAAGCUGUAAUAAGCAAUCACCUUGUUAUUGUUUUCCUGGAUAUCAUAAUAAAGAGUAUCUAAUUAAAAUUG